GACACACUCCCCAUCAUCCCCAGCGAAGGGACUCAUUGCAGAAUAAUAAUAAAUAACAACGGCAACUGAGAAACUUUGAUCAUGCAUUAAUGCAGAAUAAUAUCCAUUUCUAAGAUGAUCAGAACCAGUGAAACCACUUCCAGCAGGUGGAACAUAACUUGCUCGAAUGAUUGGCAUCUCGACAUUAAGCUAGUGCCAUCUGGGUAUGUCAAUGUCUCUAAACUGGAAAGCCAACUAAGCUAAAGGUAAAAUAAUCAUGGAAAGUGUGAGCUAUAUAUUCUGGACAAUAUUAACCAGUCGCAGAGUAAAAAUAGGAUAUGAGUGCACAGAAAGUCAUGGAGAAUUCACGCUAAAACUUAAUUUUGUUAAACUCACCUUCUGGCUCUUCCUGGACAAACGUCGCGGCAUUUGUGUGAGCUGUCAAUCAAACGAACGGGGCCAACAUCCGCCCCAGCAGAGACACCUGCUCUACUCCACCAAAACAUGGAGCGGUUUGCUUCCACAGUGAAAUGUCUCACAGAUGAUCUGCUGCACAAACAGCCUGCAGAUUAUGAUGAGGUGAUAGAGAAACUCUUCUCUGAGGUCUCUGGUCUGGAGGAUUUCCCCAAAAUACCAGAUCCACAGCUUGAGGAGUGUGCCAUCCAGCUGUGGAACUGGGCAGUUACUAAGAAUGUGGGCAGCACUAUAAAUACAAAUCAGAAAGCAAAAGUGCGUCAUGUCGCAUGCAGUCUGCUGUGCUGCUGUGUGCCUGAGAAUCCAACAGAGGGCAUCAUCCGUAAGCAGAUCCUGAUGGCCAGCAAGACAGGGAGAACCUGGCUGGACUGCAAGAAUCCCCAGUUGGCAGAUAACUUCUUAAGAUUUGCUGUCAAGAGCCUGGAAACCCUCUAUGGCCAACUAACAUCCAGAAGUGAUGGAGCAGCUGACAACGCUUCAUCCAAGGGGGAUGUAGAGAAGGAUCUGCUUCGAAUUCUCUCAUGCCAGGCAGAAUCGGCCAUAAGUCAAGGGAAUAACCAUGAGGCUGUGGUCUAUAUGCAGCGCUGUAAAGACAUGCUGCUGCGGCUUCCAAAAGAUACGGCGUACCUCUCCCUUAUGUGCUACAACUUUGGAAUAGACACUUACAAUCUGGGAAAGUUUGAGGACAGUGUAUUUUGGCUGAGCCAAAGCUAUGAAAUUGGGAAAAUGAAUGUGAAAUACGCCCCUGGAUCUGAAGUCCAGGCCAAGAUUUUGAGGCUCCUCGGAACUGUUUAUUUGGAGUGGGACUGUCAGAGAUUUCAGGAGAAGGCUCUUAAUGCUGUCAGCUUAGCCAACAAAGAAUGUAUGAGCGCCUCUGGGUUGUACUUAAAGAUCAGAAUACUCCUGAGAUGUGGGGCCUCAGACGACCAUAUCAGAGCAGGACUUAAUGACAUGCUGGAAUCGAAGGUUUCUCUUGAACUGUGUCUGAGCACAGUGAAACUACUUGUGUCUGACAGAGAAACACUGGUAUUUGAGUAUUUGAAGCGUAUGUGUCAGCACUUUGAGGCGUCCCCAGAACUGGGAACUGCUCUUGUCUUGCACAUUGAGCUACUGCUGCAGAGAGGCAAGGAGCUGUUGGCCAAACAGAAGAUAGAGGAUAUCAUCACCGGCCACUAUACAGGAAAACAGCUGUCUCCACAGGCUCUCACAAGUCUACAUGUCAUGCUGUGGGAUAAAGCGUCCAUACACUUUGAGGCCAGAAACUACUCUGAGGCUCUUCAGUGGUAUAACUACUCCCUGAGUUUCUUCAAGGCAGGUCAAAUGGAGCCCAACUCAGCCAAACUGCAGAGGAACAGAGCUUCCUGUUUCCUGCAACUGAAGCAACUGGAAAAGGCCAAAGAGGCAAUUAAGGAAGCAGAGAGAUGUGAUCCGGACAGUAUUUUCACUCAGUUUAGUGUUUACAAGAUUGCAGUGCAGGAGAAGAAUGUGGAGAAAGCUGCAGAGGCAGUGAAUGCGAUGGGACUUCUGUCCAGGAGUCCUGUUACCAGUGAGGACAGGCUGCUGGUAUCGGAGAAUGCUGCGUCCAACCUCCUCAGUCUGGCUGCUCAGAUUGCUCUGGAGAAUGAACAGCAGGAAACUGCCAUGAAGGCGCUGGAGAGCUUGUGUGAACACUCAGAAGAUGAAGCUCAGGUUCUGACGGCCCUCAGGUGUUUGGUUCGACUUGUGCUCUCCACAAUAGAAAGAUCAAGGGAUGAGAUGAGGAAUGGCAAUCUGGAGGUGCUGCUGCCAUAUCUCAAAAUGGCUCUGCAGAAAGUUUCACACCAAUCUCGCAUGACUGUUGAGCAACGCACAGACGAAGCUAACUGGUUCAGGAAGAUUGCGUGGAACUCGGCUCUGCAGUGCGAGAGCAGCCCUGACAGAAUGAGGGAUUUCUUUGUGCUCUCUUACCAGCUCUCCCAGCUGUGCCCUUCUGAUCGCACACUGCUCAUGGGCCAGAAGACGUGUCUGCUAAUGGCGGCUGCUGCCUCUCUGGAGCUCUGCAGGAAGUCUCUUCACUCUGCCCAGACUGAGCAGCUCACUCAGGCUCUGGAGUACAUUCAGAUCUGUUGGGAGGUCUGGAAAACCUUGAAAGCAUCAGGAAGCUCCCCAAUGGACCCCACGGACACGCUGCUGCUGCUCUAUGAAUUUGAGGCUCGAGCUAAGCUGAAUGACCCCAAGCUUGAGACAGUGCUGGAGUCCGUCUUGGAGCUUGAAAAUGUUGAAACCAAGGUGCUGGAGACAAUCGCAGCCUUAGCCAUGGAGCCUCCAGCCCACUUCCCUCUGCUUUGCAAGAAGGCCUUGAGGGUUGCUCUCUCUCUGCACAAGAAACAACCACAGGCUGACCCGGCUUGCUGCAGCAAGUGUGUUCACAGCCUGAUCAAGCUGUCCCUCCCAAGCGGUGUUUCAGAGGUGGAGGCCCAUGUGCUCGAGGAGGUAUGGGACUACUACGAGGAGGCGCUGUCCAUCAUUGCAGCCGCACCGGACGACUUCCCAGAGAUGGAGACCCUGUGGCUGCUGACUCGGGCUUGGAACACAGGGAUAUUGCUGUACAGCCUGGUUCAGUACCCCGAGGCCGAGAAGUGGUGUGGCCUCGCCAUGGGCUUCAUCCGCCACCUGGGAUCACUGCAGGAGAGCUACGAGACACAGAUGUCUGGUCUCUACAGUGAAAUCCUGGACAGGUUGGACAAAGCCAAAAAGAACCUUGUCAUGGAGGAAUAGCUGAACUGGGACCAGUUCUCAGCUCGGUGUUAACUGUUCUCACUUAAAUUGAUUCAGAUCCAAGUUUGUUGCAGUUAAAUGUUAUUGAUGUUGUGGUCAAAUGUUCAGAUCAGAUAAAGUGAUGCUUUGAAUCUGUGUAAUUGUGGGAUGUCCUGCGAGUGGUUUAAGAAACAUAUCAUUUUCUAUCCAGGUCAAUAAAGGCUAAGAUGCCAAAGAUUAAUCUCUGAAAGA